AUGGCUCCUCAGUACAUUGAAAGUUUUGAUGAGAAUGCUACUGCAACUGCUGUAAGGACAUUGCUUGACCAUAGCUUUGAGCAUGCCCUGAAAGGGCUUUGCUACAGACAUAGUGGGACAGGUGCUGGACCAAGUGUUCCAACAGCUGUUACUUGUUUGGAUGGGCUUUCAGUGGCUCUGGAAAGAGUUGGAAACGGUGCAUUGAUGUUGGACAGGCUUCGCAUGAGAGCUUGCUUUGGUGAAUCAAGAUAUAACUAG